GAAUUAAGGUAGCUCGGGAAAUAUAAUUUAUUUUCUCUAACUUUGUACAAAGAUUUGCAUGGAAAACUUGUGCAUGUUCAAGUCAUGGAACAGAUGAAAUAUCUCGAAUGCAGUGUUUGUAACGAGACUUAUAACGACUCUGAUCACAGGCCUAUAUCCCUUCCAUGUGGUCAUGUUUUCUGCGGUCCCUGCCUCCACCAAGUAGAGGAAAGAAAGAUAUUGCGGAGAACCGCCACGAACGCGGAGAACUUGCCUCGAUGUCCAUCCUGCAGAGAACCUUGGGAUGGGGAAUCUGCACGAUUUCCUGUCUGUUAUAUGCUCAUCCCCAAUGAUGCAGAUAAUUUGGAGGCUGCUGCUGGUGAAAAUCAAGAUGGCGUGUGCUCCUCACAUCGACUGCAGCAUGAAUUUUGGUGCUCCAGCUGCUCGCAAGCUAUCUGUAAGAAAUGUUUGAAGUCUCAUCGUAACCACUGCACCAUCCUGCCAGCGGAUCUUUUGGAGGGAGAGUUUAACAGUGACCUCCAAAAGUCGAAUUUCUUCGUAAAUGGCGAAGAAGUAAUAAAAAGCAUAGAUGAAGCUGUGCGGGACUGCGACUCAGCUUUGCAGUUGAUGCGCAAGAUUCGGGCCUUUGAAAGGGAAUUUAUACUUCGCAAGAAGAACCUUGAGAAACAACGACAGAAUUUGAAGGAAGCUAUAAAUUCAAUGAAGAACUGCAAGAAAGAAGAAUCGUUUGAUGCGACGUGUGAAAAAUUAUGGAACUUCUUUCGAAUGAAAUCUCAUGGUGAUAUGCUAUGCGAAACUCUGGAGAAUAACUGCCGGCGAAUAAUUGAUCAGACGUCGGACCUGCAGGGAUCAUUUGAGAGGGCGGAAGCAGCUUUGCAGGCAAGAAUUAUAGAACUUAUGCCAUCCGAAUUCCUGCCAAAUAAUACAGAAUGGGAUAUACGAGGAGAGUAUGCGGCGCAGAAGGCCAUGGCAACCCUAAGAAAUUCCAACAAUAAACCCCAGGGCUGCGUGACUGUGUGGUCCACAGCCUCAGAACCCGUGCAACAUUUGUCACUCCUGCUUGUCCAGCUGGCAGAGGCCGGCUGUGCAAUUACCCUGCAUCUCCUGGACUCCUUCUGGUCACGAGAAUCGCCGCCCACAGACUGUCACAGACUGGAACCUUUCCUACAAGCUGGUCAUGGACACGCGUUGCAUUUCUUCCACGGUUACGUCAAAGCCUCGACGCUGCAGGCCAUGACAUCACUGCAGUACAUCGGCCUGCGCAUCGAAGAGUCCACGGACGUCAAAACGCUGAACUCCGCAAGGUGUUCUAGGG